UUUAUUAUAUAAACUUUUACAAAACUUUUUGGUGUUUUUGCGCAAAGACGUUUUGAAGGAUGCGAAUUUGCAAAAACAUGGCGGGAAAGUCUGACAAGUCAGCAUGAAUACAGAUUCCGUAAUAACUUGUGACAUGCUGAAGAAAAUAACUGGUGAAUUUGAUGUGACAAGUAUCAUCAAGUUGAAUGCAAAUAAAUUAGGUAUUAAAGAUCUUGGGAUCAUUGGCCAAUGUUCUGGAUUGAUGUACCUGGAUCUUUCGGAGAACAGAAUAUCUGACCUCAGGCCUCUCGAACAACUCAAAGAUUUGACCACACUUGAUAUAUCAUGCAAUACAGUUACGGACUUAGCUGGUCUGGAAGGAUUGGAAUCUCUUGAGACGCUAAAUAUAUCAGGAAAUCUAAUAACAAGUAUUGACUCAUUACAACCACUUGUCAAUUUGAAAUUUCUUGAAUGCCUUCGGUUAGAAGAUAGAGAAAGAAAUAUCUCCAAUCCAGUUUGCCAAACGCUUCCCCAGUACAAGACUUCAAUUUGUAAAUAUCUUCCAAAUAUCUCUAUGCUUGACGGUGAAAGAACUUUAGGAGAAGGUGCUGAGGUGUUCAAAGUUUGUGAUGAUCUUAAAACAAAACUCACUGAAUUGGAAGAAAAAGAGCUUGAGGAAGACAGCUUUGAUUUUAUAAGUGGUUUUUCAGAUACUUUGGAUAAGAAACAAAAUGCACUCUUAAAUGAAGCAACAGAGAAAAAGAUGGCCUGGUCUGCUGAACAACAAUUUGAAGAUGUGUUAAAGCAGUGUCGGAGUCUAAAUGAAGAAGCUGACAAAGCCAUUUUGGAUGCAAAAAAUGCAUUAUGGGGUGCCUCAAAGGGUGAUGUGUCUUGAUUCAUUGCAUUUUAUGAUGACUACCAUCAUGUUUUGCUAUUGAGUUUGACAAGCAAA